AUGAUUGUUUCUGAGAGGAUACAUGAUUCUUCAAACUAUCCCUACAGCAACCCCAUGAAUCAGCAUCUAAAUCAGCACAACGGGCGAACUCUGAUCAAUGUCGAUGACAUGAUCCAGCCGAUAUUGACAACCCAUGGCUUUACUCCGUCCAUUAAUCAGACCCCGGAAACCCCAAGGUAUAUGGCUAUAGACGACAUGCUCCAACCUAUUCUUCCGCGCCAUGACUGCAGUUUGCCUUACCAGCAAUCUCCAUCUUCAAGUAAUGCCAACAUGAUCGACGUUAAUGACAUGAUCCAGCCAAUAUUAGCAACCCAUGGCUUUACUCCGUCCAUUAAUCAGACCCCGGAAAUCCCAAGGUAUAUGGCUAUUGACGACAUGCUCCAACCUAUUCUUCCGCGCCAUGACUGCAGUUUGCCUUACCAACAACCUCCAUCUUUAGGCGAUGUCAACAUGGUCGACGUCAAUGACAUGGUAUUGUCAGCCGAAAACUUUGCUCUGAUCAGUAACCAGGUGCAGGAAUACAUGGUAGUAGAUGAUAUGCUCCAGCCGAUACUACCCUCCCAGGCCUAUGAACCACACGGAAGUCGACCAGCCUUGCCGCAACCUGUUAGCUUGCCGAAUUCCCAGAGCGAUCCAAUGGAAACGGUACCACUCAUGAAUCAGCCAACCGCCCCCAGGCAGGUCGUUGGGCAAAUGGAAAAACAGGCGGUCUCGAUACAUGGAUCAUGGCCAACAAUGUCAGAGAGCCUGGAGACGCAAAACCAGAAUCCCUUCUACAGCCGCCAAGCUGUUCCUGCGGUUUGA